GAUGCCUUCAGAUCAAAGUACCUGGCUCAUCGCGGCUCCUCAGGAUGGAGACUCAGAAGGUUUACUACAGGAAGUAUAUUCCAAACUCUCUCAACAAUCGAAGACAUUUUCUAGGAACAAUAUCGGGCAGCUCUCUAUCCCUUCUUUCAAGACGGGCACUCUGGACUCGCUUGUUUCGCUCUCCGAGGAACUGCCAAAGCAAGACUCUGCCUUCACUGCCGUAGUGGCGAAGAUCGUGGAUACACUUCGUAACCUAUUGAACAACGACCCUUCAAAGCUCUCGCAACACAUUCUUGUCAACGAGCAGAGUGUGGAUGAGUACCUCUUGCAGGAUUGGAGAUGGAAUGAGGGUCGCUAUGGCGUACAGCGUGGUCUACGAGAGAUGGUCGAUGUCCUGGUCAAGGAGAUCAACUCCAUCGACAAUGUGAUGAAGGCGAAGCUUAAUAGCUAUAAUCUCGCAAAGGGUUCGCUCACACAGCUACAGCGCAAGAAGACAGGAAACCUGUCUGUCCGAUCUCUCGCCGACAUAGUUCGCAAAGAGGACUUCAUUCAAGAUUCAGAGUAUAUGGAGACCUUGCUCGUUGCCGUGCCGAAGAACCUCGUGAAGGAAUGGAAUGCAAAAUACGAACGGCUGACAUCGAUGGUUGUGCCUCGUUCCGCUGCCGCCAUUGACUCAGACGAUGAAUACACGCUCUAUUCUGUCGUGAUAUUCCGUCGAGUGCACGACGAGUUCCUGCAGAAGUGUCGCGAGAACAAGUUCAUGGUUCGAGACUUCAAUUUCUCGGAGGACCUUUUGUCCAAGGAGCGCGAAGAGCUGGACACGGCUGAUACAACUGAAAAGGAACUCUGGACCGAGCUCCUUCGACUGUCUCGUACCAACUUCUCGGAAGCCUUCCAGAUCCUUGUGCAUCUCAAGAUUGUCCGCCUAUUUAUCGAGAGUGUCUUACGAUAUGGUCUUCCCUCCAAUUAUACCGGGCUCGCCAUCAAACCCGAACCCAAAUCCACCAAACGUACGCUUACGACACUCCAGACACACUUCACCUACCUCUCCCCUCGCUUCAGCGGUGCCGCCGGCUCGAAGAAAGGUGGCGCUAGCGAUGACUUCGUUGGGGAGUAUCAGACGCUCCUUGAGCAGGAGUUCUUUGACUUUGUUUUGUAUGAAGUACCAUGGAUUGUGAACUAAUUCUGCUGUAAUUUCUAUAUUCCUCUUUUCAAUGUCCUUCUCAAUAUGGACGUGAUACGAUUUGAUAUUGCGUGACCAAACCCAAC